AUGGCAUCCCUUACCACCACCUCGUGUGAACAUGGAACGUCCAGCAGCAACCCCAUAUUAAAGAGGAAGAGGAGGAUCCACAGCCCCCCCCACAUGAAAGAGGAAGAGGAGGAAGUGUGGAUGAGUCAGGAGGGAGAGUGUCCUGUAGGGCAGGAGGAGGCUGAUGUCAGCAAGUUUCCACUGACUGUUGUCUCUGUGAAGACUGAAGAGCAUGAAGACAAACCACCUGAGUCCUCACAGCUUCAUCACAGUCCAAACGUCCAGCAGGUGUCAGCAGAGAGUCAAGAAGAGAUUCCCUCUAAGCAGCAGGAGUGGAGCUCCAGUGUGGGACAGAAGGAGCUACAGACCCCCUCCCACAUUAAAGAGGAAGAGGAGGAACUGUGGGAGCAGCUUCAAAGGUUGGUGGAGGAUAAUGAUGAAGAUGAAGCUCAGUCCUUACAGCUUCAUCACAGUCAAAGUGAGGAGAACAGAGGGGCGGAGCUUGUAAGUCAACACAUCACAGAAGCUGAUGGAGAGCAUUGUGAAGAUAUAAAGUCAGAACCAGACAGCAUCUUUGCUCCACUGUCAGACAUGGACCACAUGAUGUCACACUCUUCUGAUCACAGUGACCACAUCCAAAAACCUUUGGAGAGUAAAAAUGACUCCAAAGGUGAUACGAGACAUCACACUAACAACAAACACUUUGACUGCUCUGAAUGUGGGAAAUCAUUUAGACUGAAGACUGAUUUUACAAGACACAAGAGAAUACAUACUGGAGAGAAACAUUUUACUUGCUCUGUUUGUAAAAAAAGUUUCUCCACAAAGCAACACAUGACCACACACAUGAGAACACACACCGGAGAGAAACCUUUUACUUGCUCUGUUUGUAAGAAGAGUUUCUCCAUUAAGCCUGCCAUGACCACACACAUGAGAACACACACUGGAGAGAAACCUUUUACUUGCUCUGUUUGUAAGAAGAGUUUCUCCAUUAAGCCUGCCAUGACCAGACACAUGAGAACACACACUGGAGAGAAACUUUUGUCUUGCUCUGUUUGUAAGAAGGGUUUCUCCACGAAGCAACAUAUGAUCACACACAUGAGAACACAUACUGGAGAGAAACCUUUUACUUGCUCUGUUUGUAAGAAGUGUUUCUCCAGAAAGCCUGACAUCUCCACACACAUGAGAACACACACUGGAGAGAAACCUUUUACUUGCUCUGUUUGUAAGAAGAGUUUCUCGACAAAGUCUAACAUGUCCUCACACAUGAGAACACAUAAUGGAGAGAAACCUUUGACUUGCUCUGUUUGUAAGAAGACUUUCUCCACAAAGCCUAACAUGUCCGCACACAUGAGAACACAUACUGGAGAGAAACCUUUUACUUGCCCUGUUUGUAAGAAGCAUUUCUCCACAAAUCUUGUCAUGACCAGACACAUGAGAACACACACUGGAGAGAAAGCAUUUAGUUGCACUGUGUGUGAUAAGACGUUCUGGCAUAAGUAUCAGGUCAGUAAACACAAGUGUGUAACAGUCAUGGAAGCUGCAGCAGCGAGGGCAGCCCUGUCGGCCUCUGCCUGUCUGCGAACUGAGGAGGUUCUAGAAUUACUAGAACCAGACCACGUCCAGCAGCAACCCCAUAUUAAAGAGGAAGAGGAGGAUCCACAGCCCCCCCACAUGAAAGAGGAAGAGGAGGAAGUGUGGAUGAGUCAGGAGGGAGAGUGUCCUGUAGGGCAGGAGGAGGCUGAUGUCAGCAAGUUUCCACUGACUGUUGUCUCUGUGAAGACUGAAGAGCAUGAAGACAAACCACCUGAGUCCUCACAGCUUCAUCACAGUCCAAACCUCGAUGAAGAACAUCUACCUCAUGAGCAGGAGGUGGAACCACAGUACCCCCACAUACACAAGGAAGAAGGGGUACCACAUUCCCAACACAUCAAAGAGGGAGGAGAGGAGCCACAGCCCCCCCACAUUAAAGAGGAAGACGAGAAGCCGCAGACCCAUAAUGUUAAACUGACCCUUCACAUUAAAGGGCAAGCGGAGGACCCACUGAACUUACACAUCAAAAAGGAAGAGGAGGACCCACUGACCCCCAACUUUAAAGAGGAAGAGGAGGACCAAGAGGCGCCGCACAUUAGAGAGGAAGAGGAGGAAGAGGGCAUCAGUCAGCCUAAAUGGUUGGAGGAGUUCCCAGUGACUGGUGUCCCUGUGAAGAGUGAAGAGGAUGAGGUGAAAGGUGAAAGUGAGGAGAGGGGAGGGGGGGAGCCUCCAAGCAGCAGCUCAACACAACACAUGACAACAGAAGCUGAUGGAGACCACUGUGGAGGAUCACAAGCAGACAAGCUCUUAGCUCCACUAUCAGAUAGUGAGGACACAACGUCACACUCUCCUGACACUGAUGAUGAAGACUCUAAAGAUGAUAAGACAUGUCACACUGACAACACUCACUUCACUUGUUCUCACUGUCACAAAACCUUUAAAUACCAUAGUUCUCUGAAAUUACACAUAAGAUCACACACUGGAGAAAAACCUUUUUCUUGUUCACUCUGUAGUAAAGGUUUUACACAACGUCAACAUGUGAAAGAACACAUGAGAACACACACUGGAGAAAAACCUUUUUCUUGCUCAGAAUGUGGUAAAGGUUUUGUUCUCAGUGAACAUUUGAAAGUACACAUGAGAACACACACCGGUGAAAAACCUUUUUCCUGUUCAAUCUGUGGUAAAGAUUUUACACAAAGUAAUAAUUUGAAAAGACACAAGAGAACACACACUGGAGAAAAACCUUUUUCCUGUUCGACCUGUGGUAAAGGUUGUACAAGCAGUACAGAUGUGAAAGGACACAUGAGAACACACACUGGUGAAAAACCUUUUUCUUGUUCAAUCUGUGGUAAAGGUUUUACACAAAGUCAGGAUGUGAAAAGACACAUGAGAACACACACUGGUGAAAAAACCUUUUCAUGUUCAACCUGUGGUAAAGGUUUUGCACAAAGUAAUCAUUUGAAAAGACACAAGAGAACACACACUGGAGAAAAACCUUUUUCCUGUUCGACCUGUGGUAAAGGUUUUACAAGAAGUACAGAUGUGAAAGGACACAUGAGAACACACACUGGUGAAAAACCUUUUUCUUGUUCAAUCUGUGGUAAAGGUUUUACAACAUGUACAUAUGUGAAAGUACACAUGAGAACACACACUGGUGAAUAAUCACAUUCCUGUUGAAUCUGCAACAGAAGCUUUGGUGAACGAUCAAGCCUUGUAGCACACAUGAGAAGACACCCAGGAGAGAAAGUGUUGAGUUGCAGUGUGUGUGGUGAAAGAUUGUCUUCUAAGUACCAGUGUAAGAAACACAAGUGUGCUGGUGAGAACAGCAGCAGCAAAUGAAACUGCAGGAUUUGAAAUAAACUGUCCAGGCUUUCAUUUUGACUUUCUAACAACAUCAGCACAUAUAACAUGUGUGACAUUGUUGUUUGUCCAACAAUCUUUUUAAUAUGCUUCUACAUUUAUAGAUUGGAUAGUUUGAAAUAUUGAAGUGUGACAUAUAUGUAUUUGUAAUUAUUAAUCAUUCUAUAGAUUAUCACCUUUAUAUGACAUACAUAUUUACUGGUUCACAUCUGAAACAUCUUCUGGACCACUUCAGGAAGCAUAUUAUUAUUUACUUUAUACAUCAUUUGAACAGUUGUCUUUUAUACAAUUUUAAAAUGUGUGACUUUAUGAAUCAUUUGUUGGGUCUCUGUAAUCCAUUUUAUUAAUCAUCUUUACUACUCUCUUUUGUAAUAUGAUGAUUGUGUUGUGAUUUUUUUAUACUUUAACUUAAUAUGUAUGUACUUGUACGUUUAUGCAAUAAAAAGUGAGAGAAAAUGG